CUCCUCCUCCUCCUCCUCCUCCUCCUCCUACUCCAAGGAUGACCCCGACAGAGCCCGUAGCCAGCCGUUGCGGCCCGAGUCAAGUCCAGUACGCAGUCUAAUUUCGCCCACCGGCCAAGCCACGUUCCCUCCCCGCACAGUUUCAGUUUGGGCUGCGUCCGCGAAAGAGAAUGCGCGUAGUCACCCGUUUUCACCUGUGUCGAUUCUUCUUCGCCUGUACACUUUUGUCGAAUGCGCAGCCAGGGUGUAACAGCACGUUGACGCACCAAUGUUCAUGCGGUGGCACGGAGGCGGUGUGCACGAGGAUUGGCACAAGGACGACUGGGUGCAUGUCGUGUAAUACAACCUACGGUUGCUACGAUUCAACCACGCACCAGUGUUCGUGCGGUGGCAGUGAGACUGAGUGUUCCAACUCAGGACGACUGUGGACGGACCAGUGCUCCGCGUGCGCCACAACUGAGGGGUGUUACGAUUCGGUCACACAUCAGUGCUCAUGCGGUAGCACCAAGACAGAGUGCAUCUCUGCACACGUUUGGUCUGACCAGUGCACAUCUUGCGCUGGCGGUACAGGCGAUUUUGAAGAGCUGUGGGGCUGCUAUGACCACAUCGUCCACAAAUGCGAUUGUAGCAUUGACGUGGAUACGUGCGACGAUCAAGGUCGCACUUGGACGAGUGGUUGCAAUUCAUGCGCUCAGGAGACGACUGGCGAGCCAAUUCGCGAGGGUUGUUACAGCCUGCUGACUCACGAGUGCGACUGCGAGAGCACUGAGACGGGCUGCGAGCAUGCCGGGGAUACCUGGACUCAGUGCACGUCGUGCGGCGAAGGCACGGACCAGACAUCAGACGCAACUGCGCGGACGCUUGGCUCUGCUCUGAUUUGUACCCUCGUCGUGUUCGUUUUGUUGCCCGCCCCUUCCUCGGCAAGAGCUGGCUGCUACGACCACAUCGACACCCACACGUGCGACUGCUCGGUGGACCUGGAGCACUGCGAGCAGGUCCGUGGCCACAUCUGGACGGACGGGUGCAGGACCUGCGACGCCUCGCUGGGGGUCGACCACGCCGAGUGCAACCGUGAGCACUCCUGGGGUUGCUUCGACCAUGCCGAGCACGCGUGCGACUGCUGGAUCUCCCAGGUGGCGUGCAAUCUGAACAUGUCCACGGACACCUGGACUCAUCAGUGUUGGAGUUGUUGCUGGCACUCGGUCUGGGGGUGUUUCGAGCCAAGCAGCGGCUGCCUCUGCCGGAUCCCUGAGGGGGCUUGCACCCGUGAUUUUCCGGCGGCGACGUGGUCAUUCAGAUGCCACGAGUGCGAGGGCGUUGACCCGGAGCCCGACACCGACAAGCAGCAGAUGAACAUCGGGCACAUCGUCAUUGCAUGCGCAGUUUCCCUCUCGUUGUGUUGCGCGGCCUCCCUCUGCGCCUAUGUUGUCGUGUACUGGGCGCGCAUCGCUAAGGUCAAGAGCAUGUCCACUGACGUACCUGACACAGUGUAUGGUAAUCCCGUGCAGCCCCUUGAUGGCACUGUGGUAGUUGGAGUGCCCCCUCAGGCUCCAGAGGCCAACGGCUCUUCAGGGAAAGUAUCGAAUGUUUGAUUUCGGACUCGAAUCAUUCUCGGCCCUCACAUGUCGCUUCUGGUGGCACCCGUCGAGUGCAAGGCCGCGCGGCGAAUCCGCAUGCCAUCUAUGUAGCCAACUACACCAACGCAUAUGUUGUUUGUUGGCGAUAUGUCGAGGGAAGCUUGGCUGGCAUCGGGUAUCAAUCCAGCCGUCCUCCUGCAUGCUCUUGUUUACAGUCGAUUUGUAAGGCUAGGUUGUUCUGUGGAGCAGAGUGACUUGCCAGGCAUCUGGUGCAGCAUGCCACAAAAGCUGGGGCGAAGUACGUUGUAUGCGCUGAGUGUUUGGAGGUGGAGGUUGUGUGUAGGCAGAGGAAUUCUGCUUAAUGUGCAUAUGCCGUAUAGACCGACGACGCGUUCGGCGAACCACAGCCGCCCCCUGCAUGUUGGAAAUGCACAUGUGGCCGAACGUUGGGCCGAAGCCUUGCUAAGCUAUUGUAUCAUGCGUUCCACGAGCCGUUUUGGAAACCCUGUGGGC